AUGGAUUAGCUUCUUAAUAUCAAAUAUAAUACUAGGUCAUUACUAUUCAAAUCGUCUCCAUGUUCAAAAUAAUCUUUCUAAAGUGAAGAUGAUAGGGAUACAGCACUUUCAUCUGACUUCACUCCUAAACCCAAGCCAAAACCUUUAUAAGGUUUAAAUCCCAUGGCAUCUCCAUUUGACAAUGAAGAUAGUGACAAAAGCAGUUAGAAAGGGGAAUCAGUUCCAAAAACAUUUAGUAUUUAUAUUGAUUUGAAUAUUAGUUCCAAAACUUUCACGUUUUAGUACUCAAAGAGUAAUAACCAUGAAUGAAGGUGAUAAAGAUGAAGAACCAGAAGUUAUAGAAAAAGAAAUUAAAUAAUGUUCUAAUAUCUAAUUACUAUAACCAGAUGAUUAAAAUAAAACAAUAGAAGAACAACUUAGAAAAAUUGAAGAGAAAAUAAAAGUAAACCCAAAGUUAAAAUAAAUUAAAUCUAAACCUAUGUCAAUGAGAAGUUUUAAAAACUUUGAAUAAUCAAAAGAGGAUAAGUUAAUGGACCAUCCAUUUCGUCAUUUGAUAUUCAGUCCAAAAAUAGAUGAGUUAGUUUUCGAAAAACAUUUAAUUGUAACUUAAAGAGGUUUAAUUUAUUCGAGAAAAUGUCUUAAAGGGCCUUCAGAAUAAUUUUUAGAAAAGAAAAAAGUAAUUUUAAAUAAAAUCAACCCAAAUAAAGUAAACACAAUAUUUCUUGAUCUUGACGAAACUUUGAUUCAUGCUUGUAAUUCAAGAGAAACACCUUCCGUUAAGUUGAAAUAAUAAAAUGAAGAUGGAUCUGAAAUAGAGGUAAAUAUAUAACUUAAAUUAGGUGGGAAUAAAUGUAAGACCAUACACAAAUUACUUUUUACAAGAAUUGGCUUAAUUUUAUACAAUCUAUAUUUAUACAGCUUCAUCUUAAUAGUAUGCUUAAACAAUAGUAAAUUAUCUUGAUCCUCUAAAAUAAUAUAUAAGUGGAAUCUUAUCUAGAUCUAAUUGUAUGGAAACAAAAAAUGGAUUUUUCAUAAAAGACUUAAGAAUCAUAAAGGAUUUAGAUUUAAAUAGAACUCUAAUAAUAGACAACCUGGUUCAUUCUUUCGGUUUACAGGUUGAAAAUGGAAUUCCAAUUUUAGAGUGGCAUGAAAAUUAAGAAGAUUUAGAACUCAAAUAUUUAUUAGAAUAUUUGAUAGAGGCUUCUGAAAAAUAAAAUUUGAAGGACUUCAAUAUAGCUCAUUUGUAAUUAGAUAAUUUAUUAGAUUAUGUCAUCAAGUAAUGA